AGAUGCUCUGUUGUUUGUGGGAGAAGGGAGGGCUUCGAGCUUGCGGAAUAAAUCCUCGGGAUUCGUGCAGAAUUACGCAGGCAGCGAGCUCCAAUCCAACCAUUAGAGCAGCGGCUCGGGCGUGCGCCUGCAGGAGCCGAGCCAUGAGCGAAGACAACAACACCGACUUUUGGGCCGACAACUCCACUUUUGUCACCCUGGAGGACAUCGACGUGGUGGCGGAUGGUAGUCCGCUCCUCCGCGUCCUGAUCUGCUCGGUUUACUCCCUGGUGUGCGCCGUGGGUCUGGUGGGCAACCUUCUGGUUUUCUUCUUGCUGGGACCCAAACAGGAGCGCAAGACGUCCCGGAUGAACUUUUUUGUGCUGAACUUGGCACUGACCGACCUGCAGUUCGUGCUGACGCUGCCCUUCUGGGCUGCGGACACGGCUCUGGAUUUCAGCUGGCCCUUCGGGGACGCCAUGUGCAAAGCGGUGCUUUCCGUCACCGUGAUGAACAUGUACGCCAGCGUCUUCUUCCUCACGGCCAUGAGCGUCACCAGAUACUUGUCACUUGCGUCGGCUCUCAAGCGCAGCGAGUCCCACCGCGGGUCCCGCUCGGACAAAUGGACCUGCGCCCUGAUUUGGAUCCUUGCCAGCGCGGCCACGUUACCCACGUCCAUCUUUUCCACCGUUAGCCACGUGACCGGAGAAACCCUGUGUUUGCUCAAGUUCCCCGGCGGUCAAGCCUGGCUGGCGGUCUACCACAUCCACAAGAUCCUGGUGGGCUUCGUGGUACCCAUUUCUGUGGUGUCCGUCAGCUACGUCAAGCUUUUGCGCUUGAUCCGCAACAGAAGCAUGACGACCAGCAAUCCUAAAAGGACGUCACGAGUCACCAAGUCUGUCACCAUCGUCGUGCUGUCCUUCUUCCUCUGCUGGAUGCCCAACCACGCAGUCACCCUGUGGAGCGUUCUGGUCAAGCUCAACGCCGCCAAAUGGGACAGAACGUACUAUGUGGCGCACACCUACGUGUUCCCGCUCACCGUGUGCUUGGCCCAUGCCAACAGCUGCCUCAACCCCGUCAUCUACUGCCUCAUGAGACCCGACUGCAGGAGCAAGCUGAAGCUUCUCGUCCAUUGGGGAAGCGCCUCACAAGUUUAGCUUGAUGUUUUGAUUUCGUUUUGCACUUGUUUUGCUUUUCGCUGCAAUCCAGUGCGCGCAGCGGUGCGUAAUUGCGCACACAUUGGCAGCGUUAAUCCUGUAUUUAAAUCACUGGCUGCAAUUGACGGGGCUAGACGUGCAAUCCAUUUUGACCGGGCGAUCAUUUGCUGCCGAACCAAUCCUCAAAAGUAAACUGAUUGGACCUUGAGCGCCGUUAAUAGCACUUAAACAUAAGCAUUCAAAGCCAGUCCUCCCGGUUUAAAUGAAUUGGAUGCUAUCGUUGUAUACAGUAAAUCCAGGAUUCUACUAUAAAUUACCUUCACGUGAAAGAUGGUUGCGUAUUAAAGAGUGCAAAUUGCCCAUUUAUUUUUCAGAAAUCAGUGGUCACUAUAGGACAACAAUUCAAAAGUUGACACUGAAGACCUUCAACAUUUCAUAUGACAAGUGACUAUUUUUGGUCAUUAAAAAAAACUUAA